AUGACAUCAAAUAUAGCUGAAUCAAUAAAUGAUGCAUUGAAAGCUGCAAUAAUGCUGCCAAUCACUACAAUGAUGGAGGGCCUUCGAAGUUUAGUUCAAAAAUGGGUAUGGAAAAAUGGCAACGAAGCAAACGGAACAUUCACACAAGUAACAACAGAUACUGAAAAUGUGCUUAGAGAAAACUUUAUUCGUGCCAUUAAAUUUCAGGUCUUCCCAGUAAACACUAUACUGUACCAAGUUGUGGUUGAACAGAAAGGAAUUUUUUUGGUCAACCUAAUGGAGAAAACAUGUGAAUGCAAAAGGUUCCAACAAGAUGAAAUACCGUGUGCACAUGCAAUAGCAAUAUUCGCCAAAACACGGCUGAAAACAUAUGAUUAUGUUGUUGAUUACUACAAAACUACAACUAUGAAAGCAACAUAUGAGUCAACUGUUCAUCCAUUUCCAAAUGAAAGCGAAUGGACACUGCCAGAGACUUUAAACAAAAUUGUCCUACCACCAAAAUCAAGAAAACCACCAGGCUGCCCUAGAAGGAAAAGAAUCAGAUCUAGAGGAGAACCAAAGGUGCAGAUAAAAUGUGGAAGAUGCGCGCAGCCAGGACAUAAUAGAAAAACAUGCAGGAAUGAACCAAUCCCAAAGCAGCGAAACCAAACAAAGUCAAAGAAAAUAGAAAAAUAA